AUGGUCUGGCAGAAGUUGUCGUGGUGGCUGGUGUUCUUGGGUGCUGCUGUUGGGAGUCUGAGCACCAACGCUGCCCUGCACCGCAGCCAUGAAGGAGGCGACGACAGAGGGUGGCAGCAACAUCCUCUCACACUCGACCAGCAGCCAUCCAGGUCCAGGCCCAACAUCGUCUUCAUAUUGACUGAUGACCAGGACCUGCGCAUGGACUCGCUGUCUUACAUGCCCCAUGUGAAGAAACACCUCAUUGAUCAAGGCACAUUCUUCGAGCGCCACUACUGCACCAUUGCCCUGUGCUGCCCGUCGCGGGUGAGUUUGUGGACAGGGAGAGCCGCCCACAACACCAAUGUCACCGACGUCAAUCCCCCCUAUGGUGGCUAUCCGAAGUUCGUCAGUCAGGGCUUCAAUGAGGCCUGGCUCCCCGUCUGGCUCCAAGACGCCGGCUACAACACGUACUACACAGGCAAGUUGUUCAACGCGCACAGCCUGAGGAACUACGACGCCCCCUUCGUCAAAGGCUUCACGGGCUCCGACUUCCUCCUGGACCCGCACACCUACGAGUACCUGAACGCCAGCUUCCAGCGCAAUCGCGAGCCGCCCGUGAGCUACGAGGGCGAGUAUUCCACCGACGUUCUGGCGGGAAAGGCGUACGGGUUUUUGGAGGAUGCCAUUGGGGAGAAAAAGCCGUUCUUCCUGACCAUCGCCCCCAGCGCUCCUCACAGUAACGUCAAUUUCGAGGAGAAUUGGUUCAAUGGCAGUGCGUCGGCCCACACGAUCGUGACCUCCCCGCCCAUCCCGGCCGAGCGGCACAGACACUUGUUUCCUGAUGCUGUGAUUCCGCGCACUCCCAGCUUCAAUCCCGACGAGCCUCACGGUGUGUCGUGGAUCAGCAGCCUACCGAAGCAGAACCAGACCAACGUCGACUUCAACGACGAGUUCUACCGCAACCGUCUGCGCGCCCUCCAAGCGGUCGACGAGAUUGUCGACGGCGUCUUUGCUCGUCUGGAAGAGCAUGGGAUCCUCGACAACACUUACGUCUUCUACUCGACCGACAACGGCUACCACAUCGGCCAACACCGUCUGCAACCGGGAAAGGAGUGCGGUUAUGAAGAGGACAUCAAUAUACCGUUGAUCGUGCGUGGCCCGAGGAUACCGAAAGGGACGUCGCGUGCUAUUGUCACUUCUCACACGGAUUUGGCGCCGACCUUUUUGUCACUCGCGGGCGGAGAGAUUCGAUCGGAUUUCGACGGCAGCGCUAUCCCCUUGAUCUCUCCCGAUGACGAUGGUGCUGUCGAAACCCGGGGAGAACAUGUGAAUAUCGAGUACUGGGGGUUUGCCCUGGCGGAGGGCAAAUACGGCAAUGCGAUGUACUGGAACAACACCUACAAGGGCAUCAGAGUGAUUGGCACCGGCUAUAAUCUGUACUACAGUGUAUGGUGCAGUGGUGAACACGAGCUUUAUGAUUUGAGGGUAUGCCCGUUGACUCUGGUAUUGAUCAUGUUUGCAAGACUGACCACUCCUCCUACCCAGAACGAUCCGUAUGAGACGCAUAAUCUGUACAAAUCGAAUCACUCCUCCGUCUUCGAAUUCCCGGCCAUCGCCACCACCACCUUGAGGCACCUCAUCUCCCGACUCGAUGCCCUGGUCAUGGUCCUGAAGACGUGCAAAGCAAGGACGUGCACUCACCCGUGGGAGACGCUCCACCCCGACGGCGACGUGGACAAUCUGCAAGAUGCCUUGGCCGCACGCUACGACGACUUUUACGAGCUGCAACAGGAGCGGGUUCGGUUCGACAGGUGCGAGAAGGGCUAUAUCCUCGAGAGCGAGGGGCCCCGGCACGUCAAGGCAUUUGUGCCUGGUCCCGGUGGUGACAUGGGACCGCGGGGAGGAGGGCAAUGGAGUGAACUUGUAUAG